AUGAGCAAGGAGAGAAUGCCCUUGUUCCACAGGCUGCGUGAUUACAAGCCCCUGCACAACACCUCGGGGAGCAUCAGGGAUGAAAAGGAUAUCCAGGGCUUGACCUUGGGAAUAACCAAAGAGGUGGAGUCUUUAAGAAAUUUCAGCUUGGUUACUGGAGCCAGAAAAACACCAGGGGAGAUGCAGCAGUUUGAUAAACUGGAUAUGUCAGCCAUGCUUAAGCUGGAGUCAUCUCUGGACAGACAAUGGCCAUCCCGACAGGUGCUCCCAGAAGGGAAUCGGGUCACAGUUGACUGUGAGAUGAAAGCCAAAAAGAAGUACCAAUCUGACGCGGGGUUAGAAAUUGAACACCUGAAUAAGGGUAUGUGGCAGCAGGACUCAAGCCCGUCUUCCUGGGCACUUUUUAAUACAACAUGUAAUGCAGUGGCUCAAGAAGAAAUUGGUCCAGUAGAGAACAUAUGUGAACAGAAUCUAAAGACCAAGUUUUAUAUCAGCUCCGGGUCCACGUCUCCUUCCUCACAUAGUGGUGAUGAAGCUGACCUUGUUAAGAUUAUAGAUUCUGCACAUCUUCCAGUUCAUACACCAACAAUAAAGAGAAAGGAAUAUCACAGUAGAAUCCUCUUUCCUCCUAAGAGUAAGACCCACCAGUUUUUCCUCACGACUUUCACGGCCCCCACCAAGUGCCAGCAGUGCACGUCUCUGAUGGUGGGUUUGAUAAGACAGGGCUGUGUUUGUGACGCGUGUGGGUUCUCCUGUCACACAACCUGUGCAGAGAAAGCUCCAAGAGCUUGUCCAGUGCCUUCUCAGCAAAAGAAGGGUCCUCUCUGUCUAGACCCACGAAAAGGCGCGGGAACAGCCUAUGAAGGCCACGUCUGGAUCCCAAAGAAAGCAGGACUGAAAAAGGGAUGGCAGCAAGCAUUGGCUAUAGUUUGUGACUUCAAACUCUUCCUGUAUAAUAUAAAUGAAGAAAAAGCCUCGAAAUCCAGUGUUGUAGUGAGCCAUGUGAUUGACAUGAGGUAA